ACAAAAUCACGUUUGAAUUGCAUCGGUAGACGAACGACCUGGUUUUCGAUAAUUACGCAUAAUUGCAGACCAGUGACUCCUUGUCAGGUGUUACCUUUUUGUGUAAGUGGUUCAACAGUGCAGAUGACUGCAGAGAGCUACAGUACACUAAUCAUGAGUGAAGUGACGGGACGUUUAGUGAUUCAGCAGUGCUUAAGUGCAUCUCUCAAACUCCCAGGAGCCAGUGGAAAGGACCCAGAGCUCGUUGAUAUUGGCCGUGGGAUGGUAGUGUUUGUGUGCUUCUUGGACAAAGCCUCAGAAGAGACAGUGGAGAAGCUGACCAAGCACAUCACCAACAUCAGAUUGUGUGAGGAUGACUCAAGACGCAGAGUAUCCAUCUGUGAUGUCCAGGGUGACAUCCUCAUCAUUCCCCAGGCCACACUUGGAGGUAAACUUAAAGGCAAAGCCAUGCAGUAUCACAUGAAUGUGGACAAGACACUUGGUGAAGCACUGUACCAUCGGCUGUGCCAAGGAGUCAGGACGGCUAUUGAAGCUGUGUCGAGUGGGAACGUUAAGUGUGGAGUCUAUGGUGCCAGGCAGAUAUUGAGCACUGACACCAAUGGGCCGUACACGCAUAUAGUAGAAGUGUAAUGAUUGUCUUAUUAAAGGUUUCUUUAGACCGUUAAUGUCAUAAUUCUGUUUUCAAUUUUUUUUUUUCUUAGGAAUGUAUUAUUGGUGUUAAUAUUCCAUUAAUCAGUGGAUACCAUUAAUUGCAUUCUUAUAUAUGGUUGUGAGAAACAUUUUUUAUCAUGAAAAUAUGAUAAGAAAGUGUGUUGACUUUAUUAUAUGGAUCUUACAAUCUCAGGUGCUUUUUCCAUAUGUAAAAAUCUUAUUUGAAGGUGAUAUUUUUUCAAAAUGUUGCUAGUCCAAAAAAUGUAUUUGAAAGAGAAAUAUCUUUCAAAUAAACUGGCUAAUGUCCAAUUAAUGAUGUGUAUUUUGUAAUUAUGCUGUCUUGAUCUAGAAAAUGGAAAGACAGUUAAGCAUUUAUUAAAUCUCAGAUUAUCCAUGUUAAGUGAAUAAAUCAAAGCAUUUGUGCAAUCUAAUGUAAUUUAAUGAUGUUAGAAUAUUAUAAGAUAUAUAAGUGAUAUCAGCAUCACCACUGUGUCUUAUAGGCAUUAAUAAAUAAGAAAUAAUUAUU